AUUAAACCCCUUUCUGCCACUCUCUUCCACAUUAACAUUACACACUACAGUUUCAGAAAUACAAAGCAAAAGAUUUUCUGUGUGUGUGUGUGUGAACAAAGAAAUUAGAUGGGAUGGUUUCCAUGUUCAGGUUCAUCUAGCCAGGCAUCGAAAAAGAAGAGGAAGAAGAAAGAAAUAAUGAAUCAAAUUCAAUCCACUUCAGAUAACAUGAAGAAUGCUACUAAAGAUGGAGGAUCUAAUCAAAUUGCGGCUAAGACUUUCACGUUUAGCGAAUUGGCAGCUGCUACUGGAAAUUUUCGUAGGGAUUGUCUUAUAGGGGAGGGAGGUUUUGGUAGAGUAUACAAAGGGCGUCUGGGGAGCUCCAAUCAGGUUGUUGCGAUCAAGCAACUCGAUCGCAGUGGACUGCAGGGUAACCAUGAAUUUCUUGUUGAAGUGUUGAUGUUGAGUCUACUGCACCACACCAACCUUGUUAAUUUAAUUGGCUACUGUGCUGAUGGAGAUCAGAGACUUCUGGUUUAUCAAUACAUGCCUCUCGGAUCUUUGGAGGACCAUCUUCAUGAUCCUGUUCCUGGUAAGAAACUACUUGAUUGGAACACCAGAAUGAAAAUUGCUGCUGGAGCGGCAAAAGGGUUGGAAUAUUUACACGAUAAAGCUAGCCCUCCCGUUAUUUAUCGUGACUUGAAAUGCUCGAAUAUUUUGCUUGGUGAAGACUACCAUCCGAAGCUAUCUGAUUUUGGGUUGGCAAAACUUGGUCCAGUUGGGGAUAACACUCAUGUUUCCACAAGGGUUAUGGGAACCUAUGGGUAUUGUGCACCAGAGUACGCAAUGACUGGACAGCUGACUCUUAAAUCAGACGUCUAUAGCUUUGGAGUUGUUCUUCUCGAGAUUAUUUCAGGCAAAAAAGCCAUUGAAAAUUCAAAAACUGGUGGAGAGCAGAAUCUGGUAGCAUGGGCAAGGCCUUUGUUCAAGGAUAAGCGGAAAUUCUCACAGAUUGCUGAUCCAAUGCUCCAAGGUCAGUAUCCAGCGAGGGGCCUGUUCCAAGCUCUUUCCAUCGCAGCAAUGUGUGUUCAGGACCAACCUAACAUGCGACCAGCAAUCGCAGAUGUUGUCACAGCUUUGAAUUAUCUCGCUUCACAGAAAUACGAUCCUGAAGCACAGCCAAUCCAGGAUUCCAACCGGGCACCUCCUACUCCACCUCGAACAAAACGAGAUGCCGGAUUUGAAAGAGAACGCACCAAAAGAUUACUAUGAGGUAAGCAUUGUUAAGGCUACAUCGAGAAUUACUAGUUACAUUCUGAUUAUAUGCUGUGGACAUAGGUUCUUUAUUCUAGUCAGGUUUGUCAAAAAUGUGGUGCCUUGCAGUGGUUUGAAUUAAAUUUUACAGGCUAUUUUUAUGUUGCGACUUGUGUGGGGGGUCUGUUUUCAAUUUUCUAGCAUAUCUUGAGCUAUUGCAUGAUGCCUGGUUUUGUACAGAUUUAGAAUGUAUUGUCAAUUCAAGAUUGUGAACUAAACCAUAAAACAUGACAGUGUAUAAUGAUGGGAUUGGAUAUAUAAUAAGAUUUGCAAAAUC